AUGGUGAAACACUGCUGUUGGGGUGAUUGUCGGAGUGACGACCGCUACAGAAAUGCAGAUCAUAUGCAGGACGUGUUCUUCAUACCGUUUCCCAAGCCUAAAACACAGCAUGAAAAAUGUAGAUUGUGGGUUUCCUUGUGCGGGCGUAAAAACUGGGGGGUUACCAAUGUAAACAAACACUCUUACAUAUGCAGCAAGCAUUUCUUUGGAGGAAACGGUCCUACCAUUGACCAUCCCAAUCCUUUGCCGGCAUCUGGUACGGCCAUUGAUAUAAAACGAGCACAGAGAAGAGCUCGACCAUACCCCAGGUCCAGAUCAUUGCCAGCAUCAGUGAUAAAGAAAUAUUUUUGA